CCGCUCUGCCUCUCCCCGGCAUUUUCCUGAACCAGGGAAAGGUUCAGCUGCACCUCUUCCUGCAGCCCCGCCAUUCCCCUUCAAAUGUUGACCCUCUGCAAGGUCACCGAUUCUCUGUUCAUUAGCAAUUCCAGGUCAGCCUGCGAUGAGAAUCUCCUCGUUCAAGAGAGGAUUACGUUCUGUGUCAAUGUCUCCAGGCAGCAGCCCUUCCCGAGCUUUCAGCAAGUCCAGACGCUGAGGGUCCCCGUCUUCGAUGAUCCCUCGGAGGACCUGUAUCGAUACUUUGAGCGCUGCAGCGAUGCCAUAGAGGGCACAGUCCAGAGUGGUGGGAAGUGCUUAGUGUACUGUAAAAACGGCCGCAGCAGAUCUGCUGCCAUCUGCACUGCCUACUUGAUGAAGCACCAAAAUCUCAGCCUGAAGGAUGCCUUUGAGAUUGUGAAGAUGGCCAGGCCGGUAGCAGAGCCCAAUGUUGGCUUUUGGUCCCAGUUACAAAAAUAUGAAGGGCAUUUACAAAUGCAGCAUCAGAUGGAUCCUUCUCGAAAAAUAACUUCGCAAUAAACACUUUUGUUUUGAUCCAGACUGUGGUGUGGGGGGAACUCCUUGAAGGAGGUGUGUGUGUCCUAAGAGCUUGGAAAGAUUGUAGAUGCCUCCAGACUGUCAGUAUUGUUGGUGGCAAGGAAAAAAUAUAGGUAUAUAGAAGGGAGAAUUCUCGAGAUGCCAAGAUCCAGUUUUGUGGCAAGUACUCUUUGGUGAGAGAACCCCAGCAGAGAUUUAAAAUCACAAAAUAUACAGCAAGGUAAAGCAUGGAAAUGUAGGCCUUUAAAAUAUGUCUUUCUGAGUUCCAAAAUUUCCCUUCCCUUAGCAUAGAAAAAUACCACGUUUGGUAAGUUAAAAAUGAUUUACUUACAAACUAUCCAAUGGUCAGGUUCCUGCAUUUCAGAAAAAGUUGCACAGGCAAUAAAACUUGGCUUAGUUAAAGGGGUAAAGUUCCUAAAUUAUUGGUAUAGGAACUCAAGAGUAGAGUGGCCAUGUGGUCUGAGCUGCAGAAACCAACUUAUACCUCCUCACACAUUGAGCUUCUCAGGAAGACUGGUUGAACAAUAGGCUUGAUUACCUAGUCCCUCUCAAGCUGAGGGGAAGUGACCUCCUAAGCCUGGCAGGGCAGCUUACUCUAUGGUAUAAACCCCUUAGAGUUAAGCAUGGUUAUAUGAGGCUGGUUAUCCCACAAGUAUUUUAUUUUGUGGGAGAGAUUCAAGUGUGUGCAGGAGCUUAUGUUUGCACAAUCGUAGUGGAUUAAAGCUAUCGGUUGUCCUACACAACAUACCCACUUUUUAAAAAAUGAACUUUUUGCUUUUUGGAAAAUGAAGGAGAAAGCCUUUGAAAAGUGUGUGAUUAACAAAUGGUUGAUGGUGAAACAUGUAAUCACCUCAUAAGCAAAUCAGGAUGAUUGAUCAUUGACAUAUGGCAAACACCUGGCAAACAAAUCAGAACAAAUGAUCAAUAAAGACUGAGCAUAGUCUAGCCUCUGUUUAACAGCAAAUCAGAAUGGAUGCUCAAAAGUCAAGUCCUCCAGACUCGCUCUGUGACUGAUAACCAUCAGCAUGCUUCUCAUCUGCCUAGUUCCUGAGGAGCCAUUUUUGUGGACUGCCCAGAAGUCACACAGACAUCCCCCAAAACAUUAUUCUUUGGAACCUUAGUAGUCUCUGAAGCCACAAAAUAAACGUUGACAAUUGAGGUCAAAAUGUGGUUAUGUGCCCCUCCAGAUUGGAGGGCUUUUGUGUGUGAUUCUUGGGUGUUGUUGGUAUCCAUCUUUGAGAAAUGAUGCACAAUGUUGGCACUCUAUUGCAUUACUCAAGACUGAAAAUUUUUUAAAAUGUGUUUUAAUGCAACACUGCUUCAUUUGUGUUUUAUUUCACCAAUAGAUAUGUGUUUUGAGCAUGGCA